AUGGAUGAAUAAAGAAAAUAUGAGGAAUUAUAAAAGCCUCUCAGAGAAAUUAUGGAUAAUAAUAUCAAGAAAAAUUUUUUAAAACCAAUAAGUCUAAAAGAUAUUGAUUAGCUAGAUUAAAUAGAGAAUUCAAAGGGUCAGAGUAAUAGUUAUUUUGAGAACUAAUGCAAUGAAAUCAAGCAUAACCUCAGACAAGCUAUUGUUGGCAGGUUUCACAGAUAAAAUACUAAAGUUUAUUCAAAUUCCAAUCGUGAUAUGAAUAGUAGUUUCAGCAGAACCUUAAAGAGAGGAAUUUAUAAUGUUUUAAACUCUAUCAAAGCUAAAUUCUCUAAGACAUAAGAAACAGAUUUUGAUCCAAAUACUCCUUAAUUAAUUGAUAUGGACGUAUCAUAAUAAAAUGGUGAGGAAUAACAAGGAGAAAAAUUAUUAAGCAACUUCUCAAAAGAAGAAACUUCUGAGAAAAAAGUCAUUUAGCCUUAUGUAAUUUAGCCAGAAGGCAAUUUUAAAACAAAAUGGGAUAUCCUAAUUACAUUGAUGCUACUUUAUACUUGCAUUUAAAGUCCAUACUCUAUUGCGUUCUUCGAAACAAAUGAUUAUAAAUGGAUUAUACCGAAUGCAAUUCUAGAUUUUAUUUUCUUCAUUGAUAUUUUCAUUAACUUCAGCACUGCAUUUUACGACAAGGAGUUUGAAAAGAUCGAAGAUAGAUCUAAAAUAGCUAGAAAUUAUGUUACUUCUUGGUUUACAAUUGAUUUUCUUUCGAUCAUUCCUUUUGACUAUAUCUACUCAACUGGUAGCUAUAAUAGACUUGCUAGAGUUAUUAGAAUAGGAAAGAUUUAUAAAAUUGUAAAGAUGACUAGACUAAUAAGAAUGCUAAAGAUUGUAAAACAAAAAAGUCAAUUUGUCAAAUAUCUUAACUAAUUCUUGCAAAUUGGUGCUGGUUUUGAAAGACUUCUAUUUUUGCUUGUUAUUUUCUUAGUGAUGUGCCAUAUCACUGCUUGUAUAUGGAUUUUCAUAGGUAAAUUUGAUGAGGGUUCGAAAAUAAACUGGAUAUUCGUAAACAAUUUUUAAGAUUAUGAUAACUAUACACUAUAUAUAACUUCCUUCUACUUUACAGUGACAACAAUAGUAACUGUAGGCUAUGGGGAUAUUCAUGCAUAUAGCAUAGGUGAGAAAUACAUGUCUAUUUUCCUUAUGAUUAUCGGAGUAAUUGCAUUCUCAUAUGUUACUGGAGCAUUAUCUAAUAUUAUUUCUAAUUAUGAUGCAAGCUAAGCCAAGUUCAAAGAAAAGAUAUCUACUCUUAAUAGAUUAAGAGGAAAAUAUGAAAUAUAAUAGGAUUUAUAUGAUGAGAUCAACAAAUCAAUCAAUCAUUUUCAUAGUAAAAGUUAUCAUGACAUAGUUUUCUUUCUUGAAGAUGGUGAAGCUGGAUUUGUGAUUUAAAGAUUUUUCAACAUAGUAUAUAUCAAAGUUUAAUAAGGAAAUCAUUUCGGUCAUCUUGAUCUUGUUUUUGAUACAGAAGUUAUGAAUAUUCACACUCAAAUUAAAUUCAAAAAGAAAACUUAAAGAAGCAAGGAAAUAUAUGAUCUUGAUAAAAUGAAACUAGAAUUUCCAGAGGUAUUUGAUGAUCUCUUUAGCGAUUGCGUGUAAAGAUUCGGAAGCUUCUUAAAACUAAAAAUUGAUGCUAUUAAAUAGAUGGAAAAUGAAAACUUUGUUAAUUAGAAGCCAACAAUGUUAAAAAUGAUGUACAAUAUGCUUAAAAGUCAUCCUUCAUAAAUGAUAUUAUAUAAGACCCAUAAAUUUAAGACAAUUUAUACUUAUUUGAAUAGGAGAUAGAUGCUUUAAUUAAUUAAGAUAAAGAAAUUGGAUAACAUAAAAGAAGUUUAUAAGAUAUGA